AUGGAACAUAUUUCAUCGACGAGUGUCGGUUGUGGACAAACAGGUUUCUCAAUUACCUCUAUACUGGACUCACAGGCAUAUGUAGUGAACUCUAGUAAUACAAAUAAUAAAGAUGAUACUACAACGUCACGAGUCGAUAUAAAUGUUAGGCAAAUGAGUUUAAAUGAUAGGAUGGAAGAUAAUUUAAACCUAUCUAUAGCUUCCUGUAUCGAUCAGGAUUCAAUAACUUCAGUGAAUAGUAUUCCUCAAGUGGCUUCUAUUGUCAGCUGUAUAAAUACUACUAAAAGUAACACAGAGACUAUUAUAAGCCAUUCAGAAAGCCAGUUAACUACUACGGAUAAUCCAGUAACACUUUCAACGCUUAGCACCCAAUCUUCCAAUAAUAAUAGUAUGGAUACAUAUUUAAGCACAAUCGAUAUGAUACAAAGAAUAAUAACAAAUCCAAAUAUUCUCUUAGAUUUAAUGAAAACAAAUUAUCUAUUCAAUUCUGAAAAAAGUGAAAAGUGUUUUACCCCAUAUAAUUUACUCGAAUUAUCUGCGAUGUUGCUUUCCAGUAAAUCAAACAAUUUUAAGCCUAACUCACUUACUCCACCCCAAUCAACAUUAGAAAUACUAUGGAAUAACAUAGUAAAUCAAGAAAAUAAUCCAGUCAACACAGCGACACAAAUGACCUGUGGUAACAACAUUAGCAAUCAAUAUAUUAACAUAGCCAACACUAUUGUCAAUGCUAUUAGUAGUGCUGAUAUGAACAUUGCUAGUGAUAAUAGUCACAAAAAUAAUAAUAAUAAUAAUAAUCUACUGAUGUGGUUACAGAACUGCAUUAUCCCGGAUAUUGGAAAUAAAACACCGGUUCCUUCCCCUGACUCAAAAUUGGACAGGAAUAUUAGUCCAGUAUAUACAUCACCAAAUAAUCUCCUAAAUCCACCAAAUACUAGUUCAGCAUUAUUCAGCAACAAUAAGGACGGUAUAAGACUGGAUGAAUCUGAUGCAGAACAAAACUUCACAAAUCGCCUACAAAGUAAUAAAAGCAACAACAAUUUUAGCGCCAACAAUGUCGUUUGUGCUACUACUACUACUACGAACAAUCAUAAUACUAAUCAUAGUAUUUAUAACAAUCAGCAAAAUCAGCUAGCUUAUUUUGUCAAUUUAUUAAAUCGUCACAAUCAGCUUUCCACUGAAACUCCGAUUUCAAGUUGGUCAAAUGAAAUGCAACAGUAUGGUAUAAAUUACUCAAAUCAAAGCGGGUUGAACCUGUUAGAAGGAAUUACAACAGUAUCAAUUACUCCUCCAGGAGAUCACUUGUUUAUUCCAUCGAUAAACAAUGAUAUAAAAAUGAGCCAAUAUAAACAGAAUAAAAGGAACGAUAUAGGUAAGGAGAUGAGAAAUAACCGUCUCAAUAGCAAUGAAAAUAAUGAUGAUGACGAUGAAUAUGUCAAUGAAGAAAUGAGUGAUACUGAAAGCAUUUCAAAAAUGAAUGAUUUUAUUUCACCUACAUCACGAUUAAAGAAUUUUUGGUCAAAUGGAGUUGGUUCAACUGCAGAUAGUCAGGCAACAGAUAUGAAUGAUGCUGGGACAGAUGACGGUAUGGAUUAUAAGUCAGAUUUCAAUUCAAAAUCCUUGUCAAUUCAAUUAUUGCGAAGGAAAAAGAAGACACGUACUGUAUUCUCCAGGAAUCAGGUUUACCGGUUAGAGUCAACAUUUGCCUUGAAACGUUAUUUAUCCAGUUCUGAACGUAUUGGAUUAGCAAAAACACUGCAGUUGACGGAAACGCAAGUAAAAAUAUGGUUCCAAAAUCGUCGUAACAAAUGGAAACGUCAAAUUUCACUUGAUUACAAACCGACAAAUAUGAAUUCAGACGGUAUUAUAUCUUCUAGACCAAGUGGGAUAGUUUUGCCUCAAACAAUAGAAACAGAAAAAUUGCAAACGUCUUUAGGAGACUCUAUCUCCUCAUCUGUACAUGAUAUUGGAAGUACUGGGUCCACGUUUCCUUUGAAAAAUUUGAUGAAUUCAACGCCAUCAAUAGGAUCAUGGGUAACAGAUAAUUACGUCCGACCAGGUGUUAUAAAUUCUACCUAUCUUCAAAGCAAUAAUCUGAUAUUAUCACCAUGUAACACUAACCUUUCGAGUAGUCACAUAAAACUGGGCCCUUAUUCUAAUAAUGUCGAUACUAAGGAAAUAACUUCAAAUGAUUCUUUAAAUCCUACUGAUCUUAGCAUUUCUUCGUGGUGUCACAACAACGGCAGAAACAAUAAUGUGAAUGGUAAUGUAUCCAGUCAUUUGCAUAAGUCAUCACUUUCAACGUCGUCUUCGUCAUUGUCUGUACCGAUCAUGGUAUCACAGUUGUCUCAAAAUACCACUUCCACUAUGACUACCAACAUUACUUCUCUCUCUGACACAUUACUCAUGACAGCAGUUCCGAUGAACUCAAAUUUACCUGCGACAAAUUUAAAUCUUAUCAAUAGAUUAUUUAACCCUAAUCCGGCUACUUCUAAUGCGAAUCUGGAUAGAAAUUUAGGCAAAGGUGAUCCUCCAGACUUUUCUGAUCUGCUUGAAGUGCAUCGUCGAAUUUUAAAGGAUGACAGAGAUCCAAGUAAAAUGAUGGUAGCUCUAAAUGCGGUAACAGCAAAUCUGUUGACACGUAUAAUGUAA